UUUAGUGAAACACGAUUACUGAAUUCCUCUUGAUUACGUACUGAAUUCUUCUUGAAAACUUUAAAUUUACAGCAAAAAAAUGACUAUUCAAGACGAUCCAUUAUUUUUAAAAGUGUCCGAGGCCGUUGACGGCUUUCGUAAGCGAUAUUUAGAAAGAAUUGAAAAGGAGCAACAGAGGCUGAAAGCUUGCAAGAUAAACACCGUCAUACAGUCUAAAAGAGCACAGGAAUUAAAAUUAAACGCAGAACUAAAGUCUCGUUUAGCGGAGCUGUCUAAGCGUGGAGACGACCUGGAGAGGAUAUGUGCCAACUUUGCAUCAGGACUGACCAUCUCCGACAGGGAUCAACAGAGAUUGGAUAAUGCUAAAGAAAUGUACGAAAUUGGCAAGAAACUAACUGGCAUCAGGUUUGACUUCAGUGCGCCGCCGACGGUCGUCAAAGGAUAUAUAAAAUCGGAAACACGACGCACUCUCGCGCCGUUCGAGCUCGACAUUUCGGCUGACGUCAGUGAGUCACUCUGGGCCCUGAUACAAGGCUCUGUAGCGGACAAGGAGAACAAAUUACCCAAUUAAUUCACAUUUCAACUAGUUUUUUUUCAUCGGCAACACUAAAUUUAUGGUCUUUUUUAAGGAACAAUAGAGCAGUGGUUUCCCUCUUGCCUUCCGCCUCGCAGUACUUUGCCUGACGAGAAUUUGAUCCCGGUUAUUAGCCGUAAAAACAUCUCCACCAACCCGCAGUGUAGCCGCGUGGUGGAGUAUGGUCCAUACCCCCUAUGUUGAUUGAGGGGAGCCCUGUGCCCAGCAGAGGGACGCAUAUAGGCUGUUUAUGUAUGGAGUCUUCUUCUAUCGUGUGGGUUGUGAGGUAAAUUACCAACCUCAUCAACCCUGGUGUCAGGGUCAUUAUAGAGCCGCCAAGGGCCCCUGACAUGGCUCAUUUAACGACUACAACGUUACUACGUUAUCUGAUAAUCUCAAAAUUUCAAGUUUGGUGGCGAAAUUUCAUAUUAGUUUUUCGUGAAAAAUUGGGUCCUCGGUUCCGACAUGAAAAAGGAAUUUUUCAAUUCCCAAUUUCCCCAAUUUUUCACGAAAAAAUUAUAUGACAGUCGCCACCAAACUUGACACAUUUUGAUAUUCACCCUUAUAGAGUAUUAUGACUUAAUAAUUCUUACCCUACAUGUUUAUAUAUACAACACAGUAUGAUAGCCACGUAACUUCGCCUUUUCGUACUAAGCUGUAUACUUAAGGGUGUUGGGACCCUCGCUUAGCAUCAAUAGAUAGCGUAAGUGACUUUUUGAUCACCUCUACGGUGAUCAAAAUUAUUAUUUUUGUCAUAGAUAAACUAAACUAGAGCUCUAAAAUAAAAUAGUGGUAUAAAAUCAUACAUACAUACAUAAACUCACGCCCGUAAUCCCAAAUGGGGUGGGCAGAGCCACAAGUAAUCAAAGACAACUUGCAGCCACUGUUGAUACGAAGUCCUAAGAUGGAUAUGAUGAACCUUAUGGUGAUAAGGGAUCAGCCUAUCGCCCAUAACAUUAGUCCAUCAUGUUAGAGGACGCAAUCCCUCUGUCGGUUAAAAUCAUAGAUGACGAUAAAUAGUGGAAUUAAAGGAAAUAAAAUAGAAAGGAUUUACAAUAUUUUCUAUUGUUUUUAGGUUCUCUAGACCUUCAAGUAGUGGCAAAAAGGUGUAGAGCUCAUUUGGCUUAAUUUAUCUAUGACAAAUAUAAUAAUUUCGAUCACCGAAUGGCUACACUUACGCCAUCUAUUGUCGCCGAGCUAGGGUCCCAACACCCUUAAAAUGUGAAUAAGACAUAUCUCUUAUCUCUUUCACACUAGACGAUGUACAGUCGUGAGUAAUAUCAUGUACCCACUUUAGAACCCUGUCGCACUUUCAUAUUUGACAUUUAACGAGGCUUACGGUUUAUUUUGUCAAAAAAGUUAAUGUGACUUGGUAUCAAAGUACAUAUUAAUGCUCGAGACCGUACUAUAGCUCAGUCCUGUUGUCACUCUAAUGAUACUACGUUUUAUAGAGUACUAUGCAGUGCGCCAGUUGCUAUCUCAUAAGUUAUAAAAUGUACUCAUAAGUAAUAUUUUAAAUAAACUGUAUAUCUAAAAGAAA